GUUUCUGUGUGUCCCGCUCGAACGUUCAUUCUCUGGUUGCGCAAAACAAUAUCCCGCUAGCACAGGGGCCAAAGCAGCAGCAGCAGCAGCAACACCGGAUCUUCUUACUGCCCGCCAAUAUCUCGACGGCCUCGACAUCAUUCGGGCGAGCCGCGACGAGGAAACGAGCGAGGAAGUGAGCCAGGGCGUGUGUUGCUGCUGGCGCCAGGCCGAUCGAUCGAUCGAUCGAUCGCGGUUCGGGAAAACCCCGGGAAAACGGGGAAAAGGCGCGCGAUUUUAUUGCGAUCGAAAAUAGCGUCCAUCAUCAUCAUCAUCAUCGUCGCCGUCGCCGUCGUCGUCGUAUGCAACGCUGUGGCUACCAGAGGCUGCUUUGAUGGUGUCUAUUGGUCCAAUAUAAAUAAACUCCCGACGGUUACGAGGAGGAAGAGUUGAGCUGGUGGCCGGACAGGCCUCGGCGCUAUCCAGAGACGCGUGCGCAAAUCGUGCGAACGCACGCAGAUAGUUGACCGCGGCGCGGCGUGGAUAAGACUAUAUAGCAAUAACAACAACAAUAAUAACGAUCCGAACUGAUCAAAACCCAUCGAUCCGAUCCGAUUCGAUCCGGUCCAAUCGAGAACCGUUCGCUGCUGCUUGAACCGGGCGGAUGGCGUCGGUCGUCAUCCAUUAAUAAUCGGACGGCAUCUCGACGUCUAGACGCGACGUGUUUCUGAGUGUGUGUUGUGUGUGUCUGUGUGUCUGUGUGCUUCGUUGGUGUGCAAUAGGAAACUCAUUUUCCAAGGCGCUCGCAGUGGAAAGGUGGGGUGGUUCCUGUCUGUACGUACGUCCGUCCGUCCGUCCAUCAUCGCGGUAAUUUUCCCACGUUAGCGCACCGAGCGCGAGAGUGAUGCAAUCGUAAACUGGAAGACCCGCGUGCACGUGUGCUUACUAUAACCGAGCCGCGCUACACACCUCGACAACGCAUCCCAGCAGCAGUACCGGCAGCAAAUAGCAGGCCGCCCAGAUUCCGUGGCGACGACAACGACGACGAAGCGUCGGCCAGAGACGACUCCUUAUCAUUAGCGCACCUCGUUGGAUCAAACACUCCCAAGAUGAGCCCAACGGUGAGGAUGCUGGCGCUGUUGGCCUGCCUGCUGGUACACUCGUCCGGCCAUCGGAUAAAGCUCUCGGACUCCAUCCUGGACAUCAUCAAUACGCGGCACGUGGAGCAGAUACUGGCCGAGCGGCGGGCGAAUGCGUCGCGGGAGCACGAACGGCAACGCGGCUACCUGGUGCAGAACGAUCUGGACGAGGACGUGACGGAGGACAGCUCGGAUCUCUACCAGACGCCCGAGGUGGCCAUCGAUUUCGAUUUCAAUGGGCGGCGCCAAGGUGGUGGUGGUGGUCAUCAUCAUCAAGGGCACCACAACCAUGGGCACCAGCACCAGAUGCCAGCGUACAAUACGUCGGAGGAAGGUGGCGGUCAGCAGGCUUCGGGCGAUCUACUAUCCGACAUGCACGCGUACCGGGGCGAUAAGUUGCUGAAGUCGAGCAAGAAUGCGCUGCUGGUGACGCGCAAGGAGUAUCUGAAGAAGGAUUGGUGCAAAACGGAACCACUGGUGCAGCGGAUCCGGGAGGAGGGUUGCCUUAGCCGGACGAUCGUCAAUCGGUUCUGCUACGGCCAGUGCAAUUCGUUCUACAUCCCGAAAUCACCGAAGCGGCACCCGAGGCGACCGGGCGGUCAUGGGGGAAAGCAGAACAAUGGAGGUGGCGGUGGCGGCGGUGGCUACUCGGCGUCUUCCUCAUCCGGUCCGGUGAGCCGGAAUCGGGAGGUGGAUCUGGACUUUGAGGAUGAAGAUCUAACAGGACCGGCGUUCCGUUCGUGCGCUUUCUGUAAACCGAAAAAGUUCACCUGGAUUACGGUGACGUUGCGCUGUCCAUCGCUGGUGCCACAGUUGCGCCGGAAGCGCAUCCAACGCAUCAAGCAGUGCAAGUGCAUCGCCGAACCGUUACACUAGGGCUGGUGGACAGUCAAUGGGGUAAUGGGUGCUGCUGCUGCUGUUGGUUAAGAUAGCGUUCGAUAGAGGGCCACGUCCUGUACGUCCAGCGUGACCGCGUGCGUCGCAGGCCAUGUUACUAGGUUUAUGGUUGAUUAGGAGGAGUAUGCGACGUGUAGUUGUGAGUCCUCCCGACGGGCCGGGCGUACUGUGUAUGUGUGCGUCGUAUGUUAGUACUGCGUGGAGCUAGAAGCAGUUGUGCUCCAGAUGUUAACUUCAGAAUUGUAUUGGAUGGCGCUUGUUGUUGUUUUAAUAGGUGCACCAUCUGCUUACAGGUUAAGCUAGGUCAACAACAUUAACAAAAGCGUGGAUUGACAUGUAAAUCCUCCUCCUUGGUAGCACGAUAAGAUUGAUGUUUCCGAUUGAUGUUCCGUUCCCCCGGGGGGGAAAAAUAUCUAUCCCGAAUAGUAUUCCAAGUAUUGUGAGUUGGUUGUCCACCGGGUGUCCAACUUUCCAUUUUCGGGCGACCAAAACCCACCUAUACACA